AUGGCUUCCCAAAAUGUUAUUCAACGUAUUCUUCGUGAUAAAAUGAAUACAAUAUUCGAGGAUAACCCACACAAUGCAUUUACCGUUGAUGAUCUUCAUAAAAAGCUUUCUGAACAAGGAAGUUGUGAUUCAGCAACAAUCCUUGCCUUAUUGAGACAAAUUAUAUCAAAUGGUAAAGUUCGUGUUGUCUAUGGCAAUGAUAAAGAGCCACAACGCUAUAAAGCUGUUCCACCAAAGUUACAAGAAUCAUUUAUCGGUUUAGACGACGACCAUCAUAGAAUUUACGAUUUAAUAGAUAAAGCCGGUAACAAAGGAAUCUGGAGACGUGAUAUCAGGAAGGCAGGAGGCUGUGCAGACAAAACUUUAUCAAAUGUUCUUAAAGAACUUGAAACCCGUUGCCUUAUCAAGAGCAUUACAUCUAUUCAUGAAAAGAAGCUUAAAUUAUACCUCCUUUACGAUAUGCCUCCUUCAGAAGAAAUUACUGGUGGUGUUUGGUACUUAGAUGGAACAUUUAACACUACUUUCGUCGAGCAAUUGAUUGCUAAUUCGGUUAAUAUCGUCCAAGUGUCCGGAGGAAUUACUGUUAAAGAUAUGAUAGAAAAAAUCAAAUUAAAUACGCUUGCAGCAGCUCAUAUUACAGACAAAGAAGCUGAACAAGUUAUUACAGCUAUGGUGCACUCUAAGAGAGUCAUCAAAACAUCAGGCGCCAUGCUCAGACCAGGAAUUCUCGAAGUUCCGCCUUGUCCGAUCUCAGAAGUGCCAUGCUGUGGUUGCCCAGUGUUUACUCAAUGCUACCCUGGCGGCCCUAUCAAUCCGAGAAGCUGCCCUUACUUGCAAAAGUUAAGAGAAUUAUUCUAA